AUGCAAUAGUUGUUGUACCAACACUCUUUAGUAAUAACAAUUAUUAUUGGAUUAGACUCUAUUAAAGCUUUUGUCAUCUUCAAAAAUGAUUGGAUUAUAGCAGAUUUAAAAUAUGUUUAUUAAAUGUCUAAAAAUGCUUAAAAAUUAAUCAAUAAAUUAGAAAUUUAAGAAACAUAAUACAUAUAUACAACAUCAGAUAAAAUAAUCAUUUAAACAAAAGAAGGAUGGAUUCAUAUUAUAAAUGAAGAAUUUUCAAAAUAAAAUUUGUUUCAUUUGAAUAUAUUUAGUUUUUGUAGAUUAUGCAUACAUUAAGAUCUACUAUUUUCUAUAAAUUCUAAUCAAUUAGAAACAAGAAAUAUAAAUAGUCUAGAUAUAGAAUUUUAUGAAUAUUAAUCUGAAAUAUUUUGUACAUCUAUUAAAGUAAUAAAUUCAGAAAUAGAUUAAUUUAUAAUAAUAGUAUUAGACAAUGGAAUUAUAGAUGUUUUAAAAAAUAAAACUUAAAUACAUAAAUAUUAAUUAAGUUAAAAUAAAUAAAAUCCAAUAUUUGUAUAUGAUUGUAUUCCAAUUAUAUAAAAUAAAGAAUUACUAAUUGCUGUUUCAACUAAUUAAUAAUCAAUAAUAAUAUUGAAAAAUUAAGUUUAAUAAUAAACUGUAAAUCUUAGUUUUAGUCCUACAACUAUUUUUUCAUAUUCUAAAACUGAAUUAAGCCCAUUAAUAGCAUUUAAUAAAAAUAGAUUUGCACUUAUUACAAAUAAAGAAAUUUGUAAAUUUAAUUUUACAGAUAUAACUAAUUAUUACUUUCAAAAAUAUUGUUAUUUAAGUACAAAUGAAUAAAUUAUUAUUAUUGAUUUUGAUUAUUUAAAAUAAUGA